AUGGGGGUUGGCCAGCCAGUGCUUCAGCUCUCCAAGUCUUUGCAUCUGCGCCUCCGGCACGCCCUUGGCCGCUUCCAGGGCGGCGUCAAACGCCGCGCGGUCGAACUGUCGCGCGCUCGGCAUCACCUGCGGCUUCUCCGACGACGCGGCGGAGAUCAUCGUGGCGAGACGGCUGCCGUGCCUCAACGGCAGCGGCGCCGGCAGAAUGAGAGGUGUAUCUGGGCGCUGCUGUGCCUGCACCGACGCACGGGCAUCGUGAAGUAG